UGGGCAUGCGCAGUGAGCCCGUUGCUUAUGAAACAAAGUAGUGCAGCAGAAGGCUGUGGAUUAUUUAAAGACAACCUACCGGCACACAUCGAAACUCUAUAUUUAAAAGUGGAAGGAAUGGUACUUUCUUUAGGUUUGGUGUAAAUAUCAUCUUUUGAAGAGCCUCCACGAGAAUAAAAUGGCCCCAAAUUCCAUCCACUGGUUCCGAAAGGGCCUUCGUCUCCAUGACAACCCAGCAAUCCUGCAGGCGGUCCAAGGGGCAGGCACGGUGCGCUGCGUUUACUUCCUGGACCCUUGGUUUGCGGGCUCAUCCAACGUCGGGGUCAACAGGUGGAGGUUUCUCCUCCAGUGUUUGGAGGAUCUGGACGCCAACCUUCGGAAGCUCAACUCUCGCCUCUUUGUCAUCAGGGGCCAACCAGCCAACGUGUUCCCGCGCCUCUUUAAGGAGUGGAAGAUCUCUCGCCUGACCUUUGAGUAUGACUCGGAGCCUUUUGGGAAGGAGAGAGACGCUGCUAUCAAGAAGCUCGCAAUGGAGGCGGGGGUAGAGGUUAUAGUCAAGACAUCACACACCCUGUACGACCUGGACAAAAUCAUUGAGCUGAAUGGUGGACAGCCUCCUCUCACCUACAAGCGUUUCCAGACUCUGAUCAGUCGCCUGGAUCCUCCCGAGAUGCCUGCGGAGACACUGUCGGAAACCCUGAUGGGUCUCUGCGUCACCCCCGUCUCCGAGAACCACGGAGACAAGUACGGGGUCCCGUCCCUGGAAGAGCUGGGCUUUGACACAGAGGGCCUGCCUAUAGCUGUGUGGCCAGGCGGAGAGACCGAGGCACUGACGAGGAUAGAGCGCCAUCUGGAGAGAAAGGCGUGGGUGGCUAAUUUUGAGCGUCCCAGAAUGAAUGCCAACUCAUUGCUGGCCAGCCCAACGGGCCUCAGCCCUUACCUACGCUUUGGCUGCCUCUCCUGUCGCCUUUUCUACUUCAAGCUAACUGACCUCUACCACAAGGUGAAAAAGAACAGCUCCCCUCCACUUUCCCUGUAUGGCCAGUUGCUGUGGCGGGAGUUCUUCUACACCACAGCAACCAACAAUCCUCGCUUUGACAAGAUGGAGGGAAACCCGAUCUGCCUCCGUAUCCCCUGGGACAAAAAUCCUGAAGCACUUGCCAAGUGGGCCGAGGCGAAGACAGGAUUUCCCUGGAUAGACGCCAUCAUGACUCAGCUGAGGCAGGAGGGAUGGAUCCAUCACCUGGCCAGGCAUGCAGUGGCUUGCUUCCUCACCAGGGGGGACCUAUGGAUCAGUUGGGAGGAAGGCAUGAAGGUCUUUGAGGAGCUGCUUCUGGAUGCAGACUGGAGCGUGAACGCGGGCAGCUGGAUGUGGCUUUCCUGCAGUUCAUUCUUCCAGCAGUUUUUCCACUGCUACUGCCCCGUGGGCUUUGGCCGCCGCACCGACCCCAACGGGGACUUCAUAAGACGAUACAUACCUGUCCUCCGAGGUUUCCCCGCCAAAUUCAUCUACGACCCAUGGAACGCUCCAGAGUCCGUGCAGGCAGCUGCCAAGUGCAUAAUAGGUGUCCAUUACCCAAAGCCCAUGGUGCACCACGCAGAAGCGAGCCGACUUAACAUCGAAAGGAUGAAACAGAUCUACCAGCAACUCAGCCGGUACAGGGGACUGGGGAUGCUGGCAUCAGUGCCGUCCACAAAUGGGAAUGCAACCGGAGGGAUGAUGACCUACUCUCCUGGAGAGCAGCAGCCAGGGACCAACAACAACUCACAUUUGCCCGGAGUGUCAGGGAGCUCGAUUGCAACGAGUAGUGGUAGCGGAAGCCUCCCUCUCAUUUUUCACAACGAGGAACCCAGGGAGCCGAGCAGCAGACUACAAACACGCUCACCGCAGCAAGGAUACGACUCGGAAGGCAGCCAAGCAAACCACGAGUUUGCUGUGCCUCAACACCCAGGACUCCUUCUCCACGGCAGAGGCAUCCCCGGGAAGCGGGAGCGCGAGUCGGAGCGAGCAGGCUCGGGCGAGAAAGACGCGGCGUCCUGCUCUGCGCACAAGAUGCAGCGGCAGAGUGCUCAGGCGGUGGUGAGACCUGAGCCGCACUGGAGUCACUGUUCAGCCACCAGAGAGGGGGAAACCUCCACUUAAACUGCUCUCUUGUCUCUUAACAUUUGGAAAAUUCCAAGUGGAGUAAACGCAACGGUGAAAAUGUGAACCGAGAACCGUGAUGAGCUCAAAGAAAUGUGCAAAGAAAGA